GAAAUGUCGGAUGGACGAGCGAUGGGCCGCGGCCGUAGUGACGUUUAUUAUCAGAAAUUAUUUUGAAAUAUACAAUUUAGGGCGUAUUAUAAUAGUUACAUUCACAACUAGUUUUAUAGUGGAUGACCUUAUCCGAAAUAAAGUUUGUUAGAAAACCGGUGUCAUUGUAAGGAUUUGUGGCCAUAACCUCUUCGUCUGGACAAUCUAUAAUCUUUCUUGUCGUAAUUAAAGCUAAAAAUUCUUUAGCUCGCGAUAAAUGAAAGUGUUGUUUACAUUCCGUGAAGUGUAUGGUGUGCGAAUUGUACGCGUUGUGUGUGCGAAACUGUCGGUGAUCAGUUAAGUGAAGUAAAAAUGUGCAAACGAGUAGCUUUGUGUUUAAAAUGUGUUUAAAUUUGUGUAAUCCAAUUACAAAGUGUAUUUGUGUUAUUUGUGCUGGAAUGUUGCCGUAGGAGUGCAAUGUCCAGGCUUGUGGACUACUUCGUAAUUGUGGGCUUCGACCACGAGAAGGAGAGGGGCGGUCUGAACAGCGGCGUAGUUCUCCAGAGGUUUCCCGAGAUCAAUUGGGACGACACACCCUUUCACGACGGUAUAGGAUGGUUCUGUCAGCCGCAAGGAUGGGCGCUCUCAACAGAGCGUACGGAACCCCGGUUCUACGUGUCCGUGCUAACGGACGUAGACGCAAACCGCCAUUACUGCGCCUGCCUGUGCUUCAACGAGACCGUCGCCAUCACGCCCACCAAGCCUGCAGACGAGGACGAAGAAGAGUCAGCGCGGCCGGUGCCCAAUAUCACCCACCACAGCAUCAUGUACGCUCCCAAGUGCCUCGUCAUUGUGUCACGGCAGGACUACAUCGAUACCUUCAGGAACUGCCUAGGCAUAAUCUACACAGUAUGGGUAGAAAACCUCGGGGUACCGCUAGAGACGCUGGUCGGUAACCUGGUGGGCGGCGUGCUGGUGCCGGGCGCGGGCGGGCCGCAGGUGCGGUUCAGCAUCGGCGCCGGGGACCGACAGGCGCUGCAGCCGCCCGCCGCGCCGCCCAUGCCUGUCACACACACCGCUGUGUAUAUGCUGCUCAGGUUGCUAGGUAUCCACAACUCAGUAACACUCUGGUGCGCAGUGAUGAGCGAGCACAAAGUCCUGUUAGUCUCACUAGCAGCUGCCCGUCUCGCGGCCGCGUGUCGAGCGCUCGCUGCCCUUAUGUUCCCGUUCCGAUACGCACAUGUCUACAUUCCACUACUGCCUGCGGGGUUAGCAGAGGUCCUUGCGACUCCAACGCCGUUCCUGAUCGGCGUGCAUUCUAGCUUGAAGGAGGAGGUUUCGGAAUUGCUGGACGUUAUAGUAGCAGAUUUAGACGUAGGUUCCCUCCACAUCCCAGCAGGGGUUAACAUCCCUCGUCCAGAAGGAAAGCUCCUGUCUUCAUUACAAGAAGCCCUAGCAUUGGUCCUGCAGCCAGAGCUCCGGUCUGCGGACUCAGCCUUCGCCCCACCACCGCCGGCGUCUUCGCCCCCUCAUAUGUUGGAUAAGGAGAUCAGGGCUGUGUUUAUGAGGACCUUGGCGAAACUGUUGCAGGGUUACAGGCACUGCCUCACAAUCAUCCGUAUUCACCCGUCCCCCGUUCUAACCUUCCACAAGAUGGGUUUCCUAGGAGCCCGCGGUCUUUCCCAAUGCCAGUUUGCAGUCCGGUUGUUAGAUUCCAUGUUCUUUAACGGCCUGGUGGCUGAAAGGGGACCACCUUGGAGGGCAACUGACAUAUGGGACGAGUUAGUGCAAAAUCUUCCAGAGCAACAGCGACUAGAGUCGUUAAAUCCAGAGUUGGAGUUGCAGCAUUUACAAGACUUAGCAAUGCAGUUGCAUCUCAAUGAAAAUCCAAAUCCACAGGCAUUCCAGCAGCGCAUCCUGCGUCCCCCGGAGGGAGCAUCGUCCCGCAUCCACCAGCCGCCGCUGCCGCCGCUCGACGCCGCUCGCGUCAGAGACGUCAUGCGGGAGGUGGCGCAGAGGAGUGCCAGCAACCCCAAAUUGACAGCGCUGCGUCCGCCACAAGCCCGCAUAGUGCCGCCGGCGGCGCCGCCCUCCGGCGCUUCCGACUACGGACACCUACUGCUCACCAACUCCGCUAGGAGAUUAGAGGUUCUUCGGUCAUGCAUAGCAGCGAUAUUCGAGUGCCGCUACGCGGACGCCCGCAAGUCCCUCCCCGGCGUGGUGCGGGCGCUGCGGGCGGCGGGGGCCCGCGCGGCGCUCGUGCGGGACCUGGCGGCGCGGCUGCCCAGCAACAAGCAUCUGCUGCAGCACCAUCAGUUCGAGCUCGUCGUCAGGCUAAUGAACUGCGCCUUACAAUCAGCCACUGCGUUGGAUGAGCAUACUAUCGCGGCGGCCAUGUUACCUCUCGCCACCGCUUACUGCAGAAAGCUCUGUACCGGAGUCAUCCAAUACGCUUAUAUGUGUAUACAGGAACACCCUGUAUGGACUAGCCAGCAGUUCUGGGAGGCGGCGUUCUACCAGGACGUGCAAAGGGACAUCAAAGCUCUCUAUCUCCCCAACCCUUCACAUCACCAGAGAGUGCCAAGCCCAAGAGAUGACGAAGAGUACAUAUCUUUAUUGAAAGCACAAGAACCGAGCGCGUUGGAGAUUGCCGCUGAACAAAUGAGAUUAUGGCCCAGCUUAUCACCAGAAAAACAACGUGAACUUAUAGCAAGCGAGGAAUCAACGUUAUACAGCCAAGCGAUUCACUACGCGAACCGCAUGGUUUACCUGUUGCUGCCGCUAGAGGGCGCCGGCAGACGCGCCGAUGUUAGAGGCGAGGAAACCGAUCGCCAGAGCAAUAGUAUUACUAAUAGUGUGGCGGAAUCUGAUAGCGUGGACGCGGAGUCAGGUUUCGAGGAGGCAGACCCUGGCGAGGCUGGAAACAACGUCAUCAAGAUGGUCUCCAGAUUUGUUGACAAGGUGUGCACAGAAGGCGGUGUGACAGCGGAACACGUGCGCUGCUUACAUCAGAUGAUCCCGGGCGUAGUACACAUGCAUUUAGAAACGCUCGACGCAGUGGCACGGGAAAGUCGACGAUUACCACCCGUGCAGAAGCCUCGAAUAGUAGCACCAGCAUUAGUACCAGGCGAGACAGUAUCAGUGCCGGCGUUACGCGCGUACCUCGUGUGCGACGGACGCAGUACUGCGCUGUUACCCGCAGAGGGAGCCUUGUUCCUCACUAACUAUCGACUCGUGUUUAAGGGCACACCUACAGACCCUUACGCAUGCGAACAGACAGUGGUACGCUCGUUUCCGUUAUGUUCGCUGACGCGGGAGAAGGCAGUCCGCACACACUACCUCCCACAUCUGGAACAAUCACUACAGGAAGGCUUGCAGUUGAGAUCUGCUACAUUCCAGCUGAUUAAGGUGGCACUAGACGAGGAAGUGAGCAGCGAGGCAGUAGAAGCAUUCCGCAAGCAGGUGGCUCGACUCCGUCACCCAGAGCACGUGCUGUUACACUUCGCGCUCGCGCCGCGCUCACAGCCGCCGCCUAAACACUCGCAGCCUAAACAUCAUACGCUCAAGGGUUUCGCCAAAAAAACCCUCUUAAAAACAGCCCGUCGCGCAGGCCUCAAGCCCAAGCCGUCCAAACGUCAGAAGUACGUGCUGCCGUCAGCUGACGCGCGGUCGUUGACCUCGCCGCCGCUCAUGUCGUCGCUGUCGGCCGACACGCUGUCCUUGGAAGAGCUAGAACUAGGUGGCAGUGAGACAACAGAAAGUCCGGCGGCGCGUACACUAGAACGCGUACGGGAACGCGUGUACGCGAGGGACUGGGCGCGGCUGGGGCUGGCGCAGCCGCCCUUCAGGCUCGCACACGCCAACGCUGUCUACACCUUGUGUAGGAGUUACCCAGCAGUAAUCCCGGUACCAGAGAGCUUCGGCGACGACUCGUUACGUCGCAUCUCUCGGUGCUACCGACAAGGACGACUGCCCGUCAUCACGUGGAGACAUCCGAGGACACACGCUUUGUUGGCUAGAUCAGCGGCCCCCCACCACAAAGGCGUGAUGGGAAUGCUGAAGGCGAGUCACCAGACGCCCGGCAAUGCGCAAAGCGGUACCGAAACUACAUCCAGUUUAGAACAGGAACGUUACCUAGCAACGCUAGUAGCUUGCACCCCAGCGUCGCGCGGUGACCUGGAAGACUCGAGUUUGAGUCUGGACUCGUUACUGCUCUGCUGUGAGGAUCAACAGGCUUCACAUACUCCGCUUUUGACGAAGGCUGCUGGGACUCUGGGCGUGUUGGGUCGCAACAGCGGCGGCAAGGGAGGCGCCAGCACCUCGUCCCGGCACUUCGGGCGCUGGGGCUCGCUCAAGGACCGGCGCCAGGCCUCGCACCUCGACCUGUACGCGCCCCGCCAGAGACUGUCCACUGCUGACGCGGACUCGGUAUGCGGUGAGGGCACGGGUCGCCGGGCAGCGCUGUACGUGGUGUGCGAGAAGGGCGGCGCCGCGCUGGCGUGUGCGGGCGCCGAGCUGGUGCCGGCCGAGUACCCCGACGCGAGGGCCACUAAGCACGCCUUCAAGAAGCUCAUGCGAGCCGCCGUGCCGUCCGCGCCCGCGGCUCCUGACCCGCCCGGCUUCCUCAGGUUAAUAGAAGAGUCAGGCUGGCUGUGGCAGCUGCGGCAGUUGUUCCAACUGUCUGGAGCUGUAGUGGAUUUACUAGACAUACAGGGGUCUUCUGUACUCCUGUCUUUGGAAGAUGGAUGGGACGCCACUACACAGAUAUCAUCACUCGCCCAGAUCUGCCUCGAACCUUACUACCGAACGUUAGAAGGUUUCCGUAUCCUCGUGGAGAAGGAGUGGCUGGCUCUAGGGCACAAAUUCCAGCAGCGCUCUAAUAUAGGAGCCACGCCACAGCAGGGCUUCACGCCUACCUUCCUUAUGUUCCUCGAUGCUGUACAUCAGCUACAAAAACAAUUCCCCCUGGCCUUCGAGUUCAACGAGUACUACCUACGAUUUGUAGCGUACCAUGCAGUAUCGUGUCGGUUCCGAACAUUCUUACUGGACAACGAGGCUCAGAGGGCCGAGCUCGGUAUCACUGCCGCCGACGAUAGGCGAGCUGAUACUAACAGGAUGGUGUACUUGUACGAGGCGGGCGGCGAGGCGGGCGCGGGGUCGGAGGAGGAGGGCGCGGGCGGCAGCGCGGGCCGGGCGCCGUCGCUCGGACACUCGCUGUUCGACUACAUCGACCGACACCACCAGAAGUCGCCCAUCUUCUACAACUUCCUGUACACGCCUGAUCUGGAUAACCCGGUCCUCCGCCCAGUGUCCUCAAUCAGUAACCUGGAAGUGUGGCAGUACUACACCAGCGAGGAGUUGUCUCACGGAGCGCCGUACGACUUAGAAGUGCUGGCGCCGGCCGAGCCUGACCGGCAGCCGCAGCGACGGGUCGUUACUGCUGGCUACGACAGCAUAGCCCGCAGCAUGCCGGACUCGUUCUCGGGCCUGCUGGAGCGCAUCCGACAGCUGGAGCUGGAGCUGGGGCACCUGCCGCAGAAGUGGCGCGUGAGGUGGGACCAGCUCGAGCUGCCCAACACCUUGGAGCUGCAGCGCAACUCGUCAAUGUCGUCCGGCGUGGUCCGCCGCGCGACGCUGGCGUGGCACAAGCGCGGCACGCUGGAGGUGCUGGUGCGGGGCCGCCUCGCCGCCGCGCCCCCCCCGCCCGCGCCCGCGCACCGCUGGGCCCCCGCGCCCGCCGCCGCGCCCGCCCGCUGCGACCACUGCCAGGACCUGCUGUGGGGCCCGCUCAAGACGGGUGUCCGUUGCGUGGACUGCGGCGCGAUGUGCCACGAGCGCUGCGCGGAGUCGUGGGCGCCGCCCUGCACCAAGUACAAGGCGCCGCCGCCCCCAGACGCCGACCAGCACCGCCCGCCGCUCUCCGCUGGAGUGUCAACACUGCAGUCGUCAUCACAGCAGUAUUACGAGCAGUUCUCGUCGAACGUGGCGGAGAACAGGACGCACGAGGGACAUCUGUACAAGCGAGGCGCACUGCUUAAAGGGUGGAAACAACGUUGGUUCGUGUUGGACUCCAUCAAGCAUCAGCUGCGAUACUAUGACGCGAUGGAAGACUCACAUUGCAAAGGAUUUAUAGAUCUAGCGGAAGUAAUAACGGUGACACAAGCGGCGCCCGCACCGGGACCGCCUAAGAAAUGUGACGAUAGAUCAUUCUUUGACUUACGUACAAGCAGACGUACAUACAACUUCUGUGCGAGCGACGCGAACGCUGCGCAGGAGUGGAUAGAGAAGUUGCAAGCUUGUCUACAGUGAACACUGCCCAAUGUCCCGACACUAGGGCUGACACUCCGACACACUUGUCGACAUCGACAAAAACUGAGGUAUAUCUGUCGAUAGAUAUAGCGCCAGUGACGACGGGCUCUCGAUACCGACGACUCGAUACAGUUUAUCGAUGAUUGAGACCUUAAUACAUCAUGUCUAAGACUUGAUAUAAAUGUUAUUACAAGACUAUUAUUUUUGUUUUAUUAUAUAUUUAUUAUUAUUAGAUAUUAUUGGUCACAAGAUUGUAACUUGUGGCUUUAGGCAAGGUUAUACACAGUUAUAUAAUUAUCUCGGUUAUAUGAAGUUUAUCGCGCUACCCGGAGGAAGCAAAAAGCUUUGAAAUAUUUAAACUUGGAUGUGUAGCUUUGAUCUCGAUGCGGUAUUCAACAAGGACAUAUAGAAUUGUUUUUGUGAGAGCUAAAGUACUUAGUGAAAUGUUUGCAUUUUUAUAUUAUUUUGUAAUUGGUGCAUUUUGGUACAUAAGACUUUAUAGUACAUAGCUGAUUUAGCACGGUUAUUGUUCAUUCCCUUUUACGUAAUAAUUAAUAUACUAAAAAUCACCCCCUUUUUUAUCGGGGGAUAAAAAAAUUAAAUAGUGAAACACUCAAAAAAAAAAAUUUGGCCAAAUUUCUCACAAAAACAAUUCAACUAAACAUAGUAUAAUAUGAAAGUAUUUAUAAUAAUUAUUAUUAAUAUCGAUAAUGAAUUAGUGUCGUACGUAUGUUUCCCGUUUGUAAAUAUAUCGAUGACUGUUGUGUAAAGUUCUGUUUCCGUACGUUAUGUUGUUAGUUCACUUAGAUGUUAUAUUUGUAUUGCUUUUUUAUACAAGGGGCUCGAUUGGAACUUGGUGUUUUGUAAAUUCGACUCUAUUCCGUUGUAAUACGAUAGAUAUUCUCUUAACUGUAACGUCACAAUUCCAAGUACAUGAAAACUUUUCUAAACAUAUAGAAUUGCCAUAUACAGAAACAAUUAAAAAUAUCGAUAAACGCCAUGUUCCAAAGUUCGCGAAGCCACCCUCAUAUUAUUAUAGUUAUUAUUAAAUCGACGUACGAAGCGACAAAAGUUUGUUAAUAGUUUCGAUUCUACAACUCUAAUCAAAAGUUCAUAAAAAAAUUGCGUGACUAAUGUCGAUAAUGUUGACAAUUUUUUGUUGCUCACCGUACACACAUUGAUAGACAAGUAGAACGCUAUAUUUAGUUCAUAUAAUAUAAUAUUCCUUGUAAAGAGAUAUUAUUUAACGUUCAGGAAUCUCCACUGAGCCACAACUUGUUACAUACUCAUUUUUGUAUGAUUUGUAAAUAAGUACACGUUUUUUUUUUUCACAUAUCAGGGGAGGGGGGACAACCCCUAUUUAUGUACAUACAUACAUAUUAGCUCAUGUAAAUAUUAAUGUUAUUUUUUCUGUAAUUGCAUUUAAUAUCACGUGGUUAUGAAUGUGCGCGCAAGUUUUGGUCCCGUUUUGAUAGAUUUUGCAUCGAUACAUACAAGUACUCAAAAAUACACAUACAUUCCGGAAAGAUAAAGAAAAUUGAUCAUCAAAAUUUUAUAAUUCUGAAAUAACAUUAUCUUACCAUAAUCUUAAUCAGAAAAUCUAACAUUUGAAAAUUCCUUAGUAUCGAUGCAAUAAAGGAUCAUUUUUCAUAUAAAUAAGCGCAGAGAUUAUUUGUGCCAAAAAUGCACAAAGUGCACAGACGCGUUGCUCAGUUUGUCUUAACGUACGAUUAUGUCGCACGAUAAGUCGUACGACUUUGUCGCACGAUUUAGUUGCAGUACCGAUAUAAGCUUUACUGAGCGGCGAUAGCAAUAUAGUUUGCCUUACUUUGCGAAGUGUUAUUUACUGUUCUUUGGGCUAAAAGACGACUGUGAAGUGGUUUACAAAUAACAUUUUAUUAUUUUACAAGUAUUGUCAUACAAGAAAAUAUUGAUUCGGUUAAUUAUCCUUUAUAGGAAAAAAAUUUUUCAAGGAUGCCAUUUAUUAGAAAACAAAGCAUUAUCUUCUAUUUUUAACCGACUACUAAAACGGAGGUAUAAACAGCCACUUCGCAGUCGUCACUUGGACAGUAUCUAGUAGUGUUUAGCUUGGCUUAGACGGAUGUAACCUCGAGAUGUGAGCAUACAGCCUACUGCUGUACGUUACUGUUCUUAUGAAAAUAUACUGUAUUCAUGUAUAUUACUGCAUUUAUGUAUUGUUACAAAAAAUUAGUAUUUUAUACAUUAUGACUGAAAUUUUUCGUUCGUCGAAAAUUCGCUUCAUUUAUCGAUGUUACAUUGUAUAAUUUCGAAAGCAUUUUGGCGUUUGUAAAUGUAAUGUUUUUUUUUUUCAUGAAAAUGUACGGCAGUAGGCUAACAAUAAAUAUUGGACAGUGCACUUGCGUUCCAUCAAAUAAAGAGAUUUUUAAAAUUGU